CUUGGCCGAAACGUCGGCGCAACCUCGUUCGUGUUCUGUGAGCCUCUCCAAGUGGGUCUAGAGAAUCCUAUAUUUUUGCUGUGUUGGUGAAAUAAAGAAGAUAUGUUCACAAUACUAAAAUAUCACUCGGUGGACUAUUUACAUGAGGAUGUGGUUAGAAAGAAAUUAAACAUUAGAUCAUUAUUGCUUCAUAUUCCUUCAUAUUUACAUCAUGAUGAGUAUAAUUGUCAUGCUGGAAUUGUUGCUGAUGAAAAAUUUAGAAAGCCAUGGACAACAGUCUCAGUCCCCACAACUCUACAAAUGGAAGAUUUCUCAGUGCUGAAUCAGUGGAAGACAGCUUUUUCUGUGGAGAAUUUCCCUGAAAAGAGGAGAGAUUCAUGCAUUGUGUCUCAUAUUAAUGACUUUGAAGAAAUUGUUCCAAGUUCAAAUCCAUCCUCUCAAAUUGACAUAGAGAAGAGCUGUUUAUUUACUCAGAAUGACUAUAAGGAGGUGUUCCACCUUGUUACUUGUUCUGAGGAAUGGCCAACACUUCAACCAAACAGUCAAGAUUUAUAUAUUGAUGAUGAAAUAAUUUUUAUAAAUAAUUUGGUGGAGUAUAAAAAGCAGCUACCUACUUUGUAUACCCUUUUGAGUAAACUAAAAGUAUUUUUAUUAAAAGAUCCUUGUUUAGAUUUGAAAGAGCAACAGAUCUUCAUAGAAGCUGGUCAUUUCAGGGAAUAUUCCCCAUUUCAAAGCAAUUUGGAAGUCUAUGAGAAAGAAGAAUUAUAUAUGAUUAAGGAGCUGUUCGAAGAUGAAAAACAAUUUAUUUUGCCAAUCAAAUAUGAGUUAUUGAAACCUGCCGUUCUCCAAGAAAGAACAGAUAUACAAACAUCCUCAGAACUUAGGAAGUCCCUAAAAUUAACUCCAGAAAUAAUCAGUCAUAUAAUUGGAAAUGAAAAGCUCUUUGAAAGAGCCCUCCCUACCAAGUAUAAGAAUGAAACUGUGACAGGAUACCACCCCACAGAGAGGAUUUGUACCAGCCAGGACCAAUGUGAACUAGAAAGCAGCGAACAAGGUGAGUUAGAAACGCCUUUAACUCCUCCACGUCUAAUAACCCAGCAUUCCCUGGUAAAUCCGAUACAUGCUGGACUUCAAACAUAUCAACUUUCUCCUGUUUAUAAUAUUAAUUUUACUCCAGCUGAAAAUUACACUAAGGAAUGCAGGGUGGAGCUGUGGUCAGAAAACUAUCAAAGUUCCCUGGACUCUCUUUUACUUGCAGUGCCACAAAUUGAAGAGCCUAUAACACACUACUCAAUUACAGCUUUGAAACGAAUAUUUGCUGUUGAGGUAGAAAUCAUUAUGCUUGAUUCAUUAAAAGAAGAAUGGUGGAAACAAGAGGGACUGAACAUGAUAAUGACAGAUACCUUGGAACAUCUGACUCCAGAUCUGUGUUAUCACAAUCAAAAUGAAGAUAUUCCAACUCAAAUGGAGAUAUUGCCUGUAAAACCACUUCAGCUGGAGUGGUGGCUUGAAGAAAAAUGUAAUACUAUUGUCAAACUCAAAACCUCUCCUCCUUGUAUGGCUCCUACAGAGAAACCUACAAACAAUAACUUCUCACUUGUUCAAAAGAGUCCUUCAAAAAGUGUACCACAUACCUGUUUUCCUGAUAUGUCUUUUGAAAAACCAACAAGAGAAGAAAAGACAAAGAGUAAACCAGAAGAACUAGUUUCUACCAUAGUCAAAGAGGGAGAAAAGAAAGAUACUUAUGAAUCACUAGACUACAAAGCAUUAACUGUUGAACCAUACACUUCAUCAGUAAGUUAUAAUGUAUCUUUUGAACCUGGUAGAAAAUAUGAGGAUAAUUUGGAUUCUUUGAGCAACUUUAUCAUUCUGAGAAACAAACAUAUGACCAUCCUAUCAGAACCUCAAGUUAUUAUGGAUGAUAGCCAAAAAGAAGAAUCCAGAAUGCACAGCAAAGAGGAAUGUAGUCUGACCCUUGAAGAAGAGAAUCCUACUGUUUGUAGAGAGCCGUCCCCUGAGAAAAAUCAAGAAAAGGAGAUGAGUAACGUCACUGAAAUUCAAGCAACUGAGAGCCAGUGCCAGGCAUACAGUCUCUUAGAAGCAAUGGCUACUCCUUUAUUGAAAAAACUUGCUUGCCAUAAUAAUCUUCCUACAUCAAACUGGAAAUUUGCCACUCUUGGCUUUGACCAAACUAGAUUUUUCUUAAAGCAGCAAGAAAAAAUAAUAAAUGACAUUUUUCUUCAAGAUAAAAAUGAUGAAAGAGAAGUAAUAUUGAAACAAGCAGCACUGGUCCAUCUUUUGGUAACAGUUCGAGAUCUCCUCUUAAUGUGUACCUUGGACACAGCACUGGGAUAUUUACUGAAAGCAAAAGAUGUCUACAAAAGCAUGUUAGGUUCCUGUUUGGAUAUUAUUUGGAAACAGCUUGAGAUUGUACAGUUUAUCAGGAAGAAAAAGCCUGAAACCAAUCACAAAGAACAACAGUUAUAUUGUCUUAUGUUACAUUUGGUACGAAUGAACAAUACAGAAGAACAUCAAUUUAAGGUGCUAAUUAUAACAAGAAUGGACUCAGAUGAUGAACAUUGUUUCCUUAUUGAAAAACUUAGCAAAAUAAAAGGUUUAGGAUGUAUUUCUUUAUCUCCUGAAAAAAGAAAAGUGUUACUGGAACCCAAUGAUGUUUUGAAUGGCCUUAAGAAGUGUUCCUGCAUGGUUAUACAUAAUCGACAUAUUGGACCCGACUUUCCCUGGACUCAAUUCUCAUUCAUGGUGGAAUAUAAUUAUGGAGAAAAUUGUUGCUGGACUGAGCAUUGUAAACAAUUGGAUAUUCCUUACAUGACCUUUAAAACAGUUCUCCCAGAUGGAGUUUUUAAAAAAAGUGCCUCGCUGGACAGAUUUGGGGGUUUUCUUUUGGAAAUUCAAAUCCCGUAUGUGUUUCUCACAUCUGAAGGACUGCUUAACACACCAGAAAUACUUCAGCUACUAGAAUCCAACUACAAUAUAACUGUAGUGGAAAGGUGUUGCAGUGAGUCCUUACAACAGUUUGGGGAUACAGAUCGUUAUGUGGUGGUGACAGUUGAUGAGGGCACAGCCAUAAUUAUUCAGAGUCUGGAAGAACUGAAUUAUGAAAAGGCAUCAGAUAACUUCAUUUUGAAGUUGAUAGCAUUAUCAAUCCAGUACAGCUACUGUUGGGUCAUUUUGUACUCCAAAGAAAGACUGAAUUCAGAGUACUGCCUUACAGGAAAAACUCUUCAUCACCUAGCACUGAUCUAUGCAGCUUUGGUUCCAUUUGGGUUGAAAUCUGAAGAACUGGAAGUGAAGCUUGUUAUUGUGCCAGGAGUAGAAGAAACUGUGAAGCUAAUUCGUCAAAUUGCUGACCACAUCUUGAUAUCCUCUAAGAGAGCUCCUCAUGAAUGGCUGGACAGGUCUUGGCUUUCAGUUUCACCAUCUGAGGAUGAAAUGUGUUUACUUGAUUUUCCGUGUAUCAAUCCCUUGGUGGCUCAGCUUAUGUUAAAUAAAGGACCUUCUCUGCCUUGGCUGCUAUCUGCAACUCUUGAUCAACUUCAAGGACUUCUGCCUGAAGUUCCCUCCAAAGUGUUAAAGCAUUUUUCUGAGAUUACUUCUUUGUUCAAGAUUGGUCCUUCCCUGACAAAGUCACCUUUAAUUUCAUCACAUCGAGAAAACGGAUACCAACCUGAUACCAUCUCUUCUCAGUGUUCAAUCUCAAGUUCUUCAGCAUUAAUCAUUCGAGGACAGGAUGAAUAUUAUUGUUAUCCAAAAUUAUAUGAAAAAGUGCCUGAAGAUGCAAGUCUGUCUUCAAAUUAUACCACUUCCCUUAUAGGACCAAGUGAAAUACAAUGUAUUUUACCAUCUUCAAAAUCUUAUGAACAAAUGGACUGCUGGGAAGAUUCCAAUUUGAACCCAUACCAACCUCAGGAUCCUGCUUUUCUAAAUAGCAUAGAAUCCAGAAGAACAGCUGGCACUUCCUUCCUAAGGCAGAACGACUCAGAGUCAGAUGUCUUUUCUUUGAGACUGGCUGAAAUGAGUUAUGGAGCAAGAAUGACUGAGAGUCUUGCUAACUCUGAUUGUAUAAACUGUAAGCAACAAGAUACACAUAUAACAAAAGGAGAAAUAAGGAAAGAAUUAGAUUCCCCCAUCUUUUUACUAGAAAACUCUGAGUAUCCCGUUACCUGGAAUUUUAACAAUAAUAUACUAGACUCACAAGUCCACCCUCUCAAGUUGCAAUAUGAUAGAGAACAGAACUCAUAUGAUACAUGGCUCCCUAAAAAAGACAGUUUAAAUACAGCCUCUAACCCCUUUAUGUUUCAACAAAAUUGUCUGUCUGAUGAAUUAAAAGACUUCAUGUAUGACAGGCUAGAUGCUCAGACAGAUAAGACUUCCUGGAAAGGAUUACCAGGUUUCUCCAAUGUGAAUUCAUUUGCACAUAAUUCAUGUGCCUAUAAUUUAAAUGCAACUUCAGAAAAAUUCAACAAUCUGUAUGUCCAGCAAACAUCUGGAAGAUAUUCAGGACAGAAAAGACACAUUGCAACUUCAUCAAAUUUAGCAGAGAAUGAAUCAUUAACAGGAUGGUACAAACUACAGUUGGUUCUUUCUUAUGUCCUAAUUUGUGAAGCUUUACUGACUUCUUCCAGCAGUCGGGAGGCCAUGCCUUAUAAUUUAGCAGUAGGUAAUACAUGUAGUGGACAGAUUCUUUAUCCCCAAAAUCCAUUUAUAAAGCUAAAACAAACUACUUUCAUAGCCACUGUCUGUUAUGAUCAGCAACAUAAUAGUUUUCCUUUUCUUUUCUCCAUAGAUUUAAUAUACUCACAGCAACCCCAAUGCAAAAAAAGGCGACUAGUGUAUGAAAAAGUCCCUGGAAGAACCGAUGGCCAAACACGCUUUAAGUUCUUUUGAAGAAGCACUGGGCCAGUUGCUACAUUGUAAAGAGCUUUGGAGUAUAUUAUCAUUGUGUGAAGCAUUAUUCAAAUGUUGGUAUAUAUUUAAGAAAAGGUUAUUCUCUAUAUUCUCAAUGUUCUAAUGAAAUUAAAUUUCCAAGAAAUGUACACCACCUUCUAUAAUUUACAUUUUUGUAAAUAAUUAUAAUUAUUCAUUACUUUAGUAACUCUCACAAGCUUCAAGGUAGUUUCCAGAAUUCAGUUGAUUUUAGAGAAUGAAUUUAUUCCUCAUUACCCAAAAACUGCAUAUCUCUGGAAUAGAGUAAAACAACCUGAAUCACCAUCUCAGAGCCCAGUGUAACCCUUUACACUCAGGAAGUAAAAAAGAAAGACCAGACCCUCUAGAGACAAGGAAGUGACUAAACUAAGCUUGAAAGUAGAGCCACUUUUAAUCUGCUAUUUUAUGAUGGCUCCUACUGAAAGCAUACAAUAAGAAAAGUACUAUGAGCCUUAGUAAUAAAACCUGUUUUUGACAUAGUCUUAUGUCUAAAAUGGACUGCCUCCCAGGCAUUUUCUUUCCAAGUUCCAGGCAAAAUGCAGUACAAUCCUCAGGUAUUCUGCCCCAGUUCUUUGUGUCCUUACUUUAUUAUAUUUUUCAAAUGAGAUAAUGUAUGCAAAGCAUCAUGCAAAACUUAAAGCAGUAUGUAAUUAUUAGCUUUCAUAAUGAUUUCAGAAAGUUAGCCACAAAUUUUAGGAUUGUAAGGCAAUGCUGGAGAAAGCUUAUGAAGGACUUAUGAAAUGGUAUAUUCAGCUGUGCUUAUGUACAGAUGAAAUUUGUAUGGUCUGAAGAACUGGAUUAACUAGGAUUUACACUUUUCUCCUGUUUUAAAAGAUUGUGUUUCUUAGCACAUCAGCUGCUUCUAGUGUCUCGGGCAUAAGAUAUGGUAUUAGAAUUCCUCAUAACAAUUUAGGAUAGCUUAAGAAAUACUUCUUUAUCCAAACAGCUAAAGACAUCUCAUCAUUUCUGGGGUUACUAAAAUACUAUAUGUUGAUAUGUCCCCAUAACUGCACAAAAUAAUCACCUUCUGCAGUGCAUUAUGGGUGUGCGGUUUGCUAAGGAAUUUCCACUUUUGCAAAGCAUGAAUUUGCACUGUGGUCUGCAAUUUUGGAUGAUUCAGUUAUGACAACCAAAAUAUCAAAUAUAAUUAACUAAAUUAAAUUAUUUAAACAACAGAUGUUAGUAACAGUUAUCCUUUUCAUAAAAUGAGCUUUGUUGACAUGAUAUGCCAACUGUAACUAAGUAGAAUAACAGGACACUGCUAGAAAAAUGUAAUUUAAUCAUCUCUUGGACAAAUAUAGUACAAUCCCUUCCUUACCAAGAUUUCUAAAUACUGAAUAUUUAUCUUGAUAGUAUUACUAAAACAACAGAAUCAAUUCCGAGUAGGUAUUAAAAGUUCAAAUGUAUUUAAAAAAUUAGGAAAUUCAAGAAGACUCAUGUUUUGGCUUGAAAAAUUAAAGCACAACCAGCCUUAUUUUUCUCAUUUACUGAGGGGAAGAAAAAGGGAGAUCUGAGUA